AUGCUUCGUUACAUCUUGCUGGCUUUGGUCAGCAUCUCUUCACAACAACCACAGAUACCAGAGAAUACAUAUGAGACGUGUACGAUGAAGUUGGACAGAGGAGACGCAUGUUGUGCAGCGCCAAACAACUCCAUACGGUUCUUCUUUGAUGACGUUCUGGAACAAUGUUUCACGUACCUGUACGAAGGAUGUGGUGGUGGCAGGAAUACCUUCUACACGGAGUCAGAGUGUUACAGUACUUGUAUGCCAGCCGACAAAUUCAAUUGCGGCGGAAACAAGCCACCCGUGGGUGGCUGUCAUGAACUUGACAUGAAUUGCCCAGCCGGCAGCACUUGCAUCCAAGGAGCUCUUGGAGUGGGAUUAUGUUGUGAAGAUGUUGAAGAAGCAAGAUGGGCAAAAGAGAUAAAUCCGACAUGUACUGUCGGCCAAGUUCUUCUGCGGAAUGUUUGGUACGGCACAGAAAUAUGGUUAGGAAAGAGCUGUGCUCAUAGGCAAGUUGUUCUCUUAAGGCCAUUUGGAGUGUUGGAACGGAAAAACGUUUAA